GGCGCUCGCAGGAGGAGGAGUCGUUGCUGUAUCUGCUGUCCUCUACUCUAUGGCCUACGCAAAACCAGCUCAGGCGCAAGAGAAGCUCACACCAGAGCAGAUGAGAACUCGUCGUCUAAGGUCGCAUCUUUCAGGCAACCAUCCCUCAGUAUCAGGAGGGGACGACUGCCUGUCUAGGAAGUCGGGGUACCUAAAGUCUCACGGAUCAGGCUCGGACAGCCACGUCGGUGAAACGGACAAGCGUUCGUCAGUGGGAGGAACUGUCGUCGUGAAGUAAAUAGCUUCGAUAUGCCUGCCGACAGCCGGAGGCCCUCAGUCCCUGUUUUAUGAUUUUCCGACUUGCCACGGAGGUCGAGGCAGGUCGAUGUUCUCAGUUAUGUGUUUAGAUAGUCUUGUGAAGAAAGAAUUACCAUGGAGUGAAUGAAACAAGUUCGUUUG